GCCGCAUGAUCCCGCAAAGAUAACGGCUGGCACUAUGGAGGCCAAGAAGCGGGGCACCCUGCGCGGCCCGCAGGCCCGCCGCUCCCCCGAGGCGCCCGUCACACUGCGGGGAUGGCUGGACAAACAGGGCUCGGAGCGGCUGCGACUCUGGAAGACGCGUUGGUUUGUCCUCUCAGAGUACUGCCUCUACUAUUAUAAAGACGCCCGUGAGGACAAGCUGCUGGGCUCUAUUACGCUGCCCUCCUACCGCGUCUGUCCCGUCUCGGCCGAGGACAGGGUGCACCGCAAGUUCUCGUUCCGUAUCGAGCACGCCAACAUGCGGACCUACUACUUCGCCUGCGACACCAAGGAGAAGAUGACCGAGUGGAUGAACGCCAUCAGCCUGGCCAGCAUCAUGCAGAAGGACCCGGGGUAUCCCACCCGUCAGCGCUCGGAUCGGCCAAGUGUCGGCUCUUUGGAGGGCAGUGAGGCCGGCUUCCCUCGGCGGCACGACCUCAACACCAGCCGGGAGUCUGUGGGAGGUCGGCGCGACUCGCGUCAGCCGCUGUACGCCAACGCGCCGCCCAAGCCGCGCCGGCUGACCGGCAGUCGAGAGGCCAGCUCCUCUCCGGAGCCGUGUGACCGGCUAGCAGAGAUGACCGCCGGCGCACCGGUGCCCGGCCGGCGGCCGCCCGUCGAGCGGCGCACGCCCGACGCUUACGCGGCCGCCUCGCCGCACGCGCGCGUGGACUAUGAGGAUGUGUAUAACGCCAGUGUGGGCAGCGGCUCUUCGCGCGAUCGGAGCCGAGCCGGUGAGCUGCGGGCGCACGCGCGCGAGUCGUACGCCUCCAGUGCCGGCCGGAGCACACAGAUGUCUGGUGAACUGUGCACGCCGCCUCCGGCCGCGCCGCGGGGCGGGUACGGCCACCCGGGGGCGUACCCAGAGCACGGCUACCCUCCAGUGGAUGAGUACGGCCGCGGCACGGCGGCGCCGCCCCGACCCCACUCAGCCGACUUCCUCGAGUGGGAGCGUAACGCGGGCCGACCAGCGAGUGCAGGGCGGCUGCCGGCGCCGGCCGCACGACCAAAGUCCAGCCUAGCGCGCUACCAGCCGCCGGCCAACGACUACUGGUCAGAGGAGGGCUACGCCAACAAGAUGCGUCAGGCGGCCUACAGCGGCGGUGUGAUGCUGCCGGGCGGGGCGGGGCCGGGGCCGCGGCUCAGCCCCGGCCCGCUGCCGGGCUCGCCGGCCGGUCCGGGCGGGGGUCCGCCACCGGGAGCCGCUACUCUGCCCGGUCACGGAGCUGCCGUGGCCCCCGAGACCCCGCCGCCGGCGGGCACCCACUCUCUGGGCCGCGACCUGGAGCGAGUGCCGCGCGGCAGCGGGUUCAUGCGCUCGGCCAGCGCCCGGUUCGCCCGUCAGAAGGCCAGAGAGCUAGACAUGAUGAACACUUCUCUACCAGACGACCCGAACGACAGCCGCGAGGGCACCCGCAGGAAAAUACAGCAGCGCGAGGAGUCGAUGAAGCGGCUGCUCGAGUGGAAACAGAGGAUGCUGCAAUCGCCGCUGACCAGAAAGUCACCCAAACUGACGGACGCCGCUGCCCGCUUCCCCCCUGAUCAGUACAAAAGGAGGGUCCGCCAGGAGCUAGAGAGGAGUGAGGGUAGUAGGACGCCGCGGCCUCAGACGGUGCAUGGGCUUCCUGAGGCGGACAGCAGAGAUGCCAGGGAAGCGGAAUUUUCGCCCCCGCCGGCGGCAUCACAAGACUACGUGAACCUGUCAUACCGUAUGGGCGACGCCGAUCCGUGGUCUGGCCGCCACGAGGUGCCAUCCCCUGCUGCACGGCACGCGCCGGCCGUGACACCUCACCGCGAGACAUGGAAUGCCGCGAUGACGUCUCCCGCGCACGAGCAGUGGCCGGCCUCAGGUGUGACGUCACCGUCCAACGAAUCCUGGCACAGCGCCGGUGUGUCGUCACCGGGUCCGGACACGUGGCCGGCCAGUGUGACGUCUCCCACCGCAGAGGUGUGGCGUGGUCCGACACCUCACAAACCCGACAACCGGGCCACCGCCAGCAGCCACGACCACCACCCGCGUAUGAAGACGAACGCCGACUUCCGUAACUUCGACAAAUCAGCCGGCACGCUGGCGCCGGAUGGCUACCAGCAGGCGCACAGCCAGUACAGCUCACAGAAGGACAAGUACCACCACGAGCUGCACAACUACGAUCGAUUCUACCCUGCCAAGGAGAAGGUGUCCGCUCAGCGGCGCGCGAUGGCUCCCAGCGCCAACGAGCUGCCUCCACCACUCGUCAGCGCACGUGAGCUGGAGGCGGCGGCUGCUCUCACUGAUCUGCGCCGGCCAGAGAACGCCUCACUGGGUAAACACUCGGACAGCGGGUACGACACACUGCGAGCUGAGAUGACUGGUGACGAGGCGCCGGCUCGGGCUCAGAACGGGCGCGCCUCCGCCGGACGCCGCUCGGCACCGCUGGAAAGCGGCAGGCGGAGCGCCGGCGGGGGCGGCGGCGGCUGGGCGGCCGCUGACUGGCACGAUGAUGGCGACAAGAUCGAUGAGUCACGGCUGGUAAAGGAGUUCAGCUACGAGUAUGUGAAGCCGGAGCAGCCGCCGAGCGCGGCCAAGGUGCCCCCCAAGGUGAUGCCGAAGCGCUCGCAAACGGCGCCGAGGGAAAACGCUGCUGCUGCGGAGGGUUCCAGCCAGCCGAGCGAGACGCCGCCGAAGAACCUCGUCCAGGAGCGGAUCAAGGCGUUCAAGAGCCGCCUGGACGAGUCUGGCAAUAGUGUUGGUGUUGAGGAUGAGAGGCUAGAGCGACCGCUGAGGCCUAUGAAGACGCAGGCUGAGGUGGCCGAGGCGCAGGUCUCUCAGCUGAAGAUGCCGCCGAUCGAUUUCCGUGAGACGGAGGCCACCACGGUCACUGCUUCUGAGGCGCAGGUGACCACCAUCCGCAGCCUCAACUCAUCCUCAAAACCGGCGCGCAGCCCAGGCCGCAGUCCCGGCGGCAGGGAGGCUCGGUCUCAGGAGGAAAGCGCCGACCGGUCACUCACCUACUCAGAAGGCAGCCCAGCCAACAGUCUCGACCUGCGGGACAUCCGCAGUCCGCAGGACAUCAUCGACUCGCGAAAGUCGCGCAGCAAUCUCAGGAAAUUCGCAUUGGAUGAGGACUCGCCCACUGAUCCAGAACCUCGGCCAGUCGCCUCAGCUAACGACACUUCUCAUAACGAGCCCCGCGCACCGAGCGAACCUCACAACACAUCAGUUGAGGACCUACUGGCUAAAUUUGAAAGCGGUCAGCUGGGACAUGAGUGGACUCCAAGCCGACCGAGUACCUCACACGAUCUGCGGCGAGUAGGCAGCGACUCUGACGCCGGUGAUGCUGAGAGGGGAGGGUCAGAGCCGUCCUCCCUCAGUAUGGCAGGUGUUCUGGGUGAUCUGCGUCGAUCGGCGGAUAGGAGUGCCGCGGCGGAGUCCCGCAGUGAUGCGCAUGAAGUCUCAGAGAUUCACUGGAGUCCCCCAGGUCCAGCGGAGGGUCAGUGGAACACUCCGGCUCCUCACGCCAUCCCGUGGACGCCGUCCGGACCGCGGACAGCGUCGGCAGCUCACUGGGAUCCGCAUGGUUCCUCGUUAGUGCCUGAGCCGCGCCGAAACGGCCGUGAUGUCUCACCCUCGGCCGGUGCACCGGCCUCGUCUGCUACCGCGGAUAACUCCGGUAUGGCCGUGACCCGAUUCGGGCCGGGAGACGGCAGUGUCGCGUCGGCUCCGUCACCGUCAGCGAGUCAGUCCUCACGGCGCUCUGAGGAGCCGCGCUCACCACCGGCGGUACCUCCCAAACCAGCACGGCCACCAGCGCCGUCACCGUCUUCAUCACCGAUCUACGCCAAUCAGCUGCCGAGCGGCGGUCUGAUGCUCAACACAUCCACUGAGGACCAGUACCUGGUGAUGAGCCCUCCACGGAAGCCGGCAGAGGCGCUCUCUGAGCCCACCCCGCCGGCUGCAGGCUCUCAGCAGGACGGCACCUACAUGGAGAUGAACCCCAACGUGCUGAACCUCAGCUUCGAGGCGUCACAGAGCAUGUUCAAGAAGCUCUCCAACCAUGGUCUCUUUCUGGAAUCGAACAAAUACUCAGAAGUGCAUUACGAGUACAUGGCGCCGGCCGGUAGGGGCGAGCCUGUCUACAUGGAGGUGCCCUCAGAGAACGGCGACUCUGCCGGCCCAGCGUCUCCUGUAACAUCAUCAGCGGCACCGACGACCACAACCCCAACCGCAGCCACGCCCAAUCCUAGUAAAACACCGACGGCAGAGAACAAAGUGGACAACAAACGUAAGGCCGAGAGCGGCAAGAAGCUGAAGAACGAGAAGCGAAAGACGGAGAAGAAGUCGAGCUCAGCCGACAGCUCGGCAUCUGAUGCGGAUGAUGAGGGUUCGAAGGAGCCAGAGCGGCCGCGCAGCCGCCGGUUUAGUUUAUCAGACACCUUCCGUCCUGCUUCUUACUACCUGCAGAUGCAUGACGACCGCGAACAGGCCGACUCCUCAGACAGUGACCUGGUGUCUCCACCUCCGAUUCCCAUGUCCCCACCGCCGAUGGACGAGCUCCAGCCUACCGAGCCGACCAGCGGGCAGUUCAGUUACGACGGGACUGGUGAGUCAGAUGCGCCGCCUUACCUGCUGAACGCUCUGCUGGCAGCUCACUCGGCCCAGAUGACCUCAGUGGGCGGUCAGCAGGUGGUGACUGAGUUACCCCGUGAACGACCGGCAUCCCUCUCCAGCCAGGCCUCCAGUCAGGACAGUUUAGCCCGGCUGGCCGCUGAUAUCGUCUCACGCCGCUCUCAGGACUCGGGCUCACUGGACAGCGUGACCAUUAGACCGGACGCAGCGCCACCUGUGGAGAGCGUGCGGAAUGACAAGUACAAACGGCGGCCGGUGGUGGAUGAGAUGGCGCUCAUGACUGUAGCUGAGGAUCCUCACGUUCUGCGCUCUGAGGAUCGCUAUCCGCCGGGCGGUGCGCCUCUGGAACCGCAGCCGCGCUCGCUGCUUUCCGAGGAGCAGUAUCCUCCGCAGGAUAAUGGAGGCUACAUGACCAUGUCGUCGCCGCUCUCGCUGCAGAAGUCGGCGCCGCCUGAGCUGCCGGCUAAACCCGCCGCCAGCGCUCACCAGACGUAUGAAAAUCUGCCGACGCCACGGACCAGGAAACCAUCAGAGGUGUCCAUCCACACACUGAUGUCGGUGGCAUCGAGUGAGGGUGGGCACUUCCCUGCCACGAAACGGGAGAGUUUCAGCUCGCUCACCUCCAUCGAACUUACACCAGUGAAGAGUCCAGAGUUCCAGUCAGACUUCGCUCGGACUUUCCAAAACGACCUGACGGGAGCGGCAGACCGGCCGCCCGAGAGGCCGCCGGCGCCGCCUCCGCCCGGUGUCCCGCCCGCCCCGGCCGCUGCCACAGCGCCGGCGCCGGCGCCGGCUCCGGCACCCCCGCGGGAGACGGGCGCCCGACCGCGUCAGCCGCGCACCCAGCUGUCACCGGCUCCAGCCCCCGGUCCGCUGGUGGCUGAUCAUCGACGAGGCAGCUCGAACAUCUCAGUCAACUCAGCGACAUCUACGGGCUCGGACGGCCGCGCACCGUACUACUACUCAGACCUAGCGGCGGCCGCUGCACUGCAGGAGCGACCAGUCCGCGCGCGGCCAAAACUCAACAACCAGCGGGAACUGGACGCCAGUAAACGAGCUGACAUCGGCCGUAAGGUGAAUCAGAUCAGCUCUCCUGAGGACCGUCUGGCCCAGGUCGGCAGACUCGCUGCUCAGCUACGUAACUCAGUGGAGUAUCUGGAGGCUCAGAAGUGGUCGGAUGUAGACGAGCGUAACGUUUACGACUCGGACACACUGAAGAAGGCACGACGGCGCUCGCACACACCCGAUGCGAUCGACCAGUCGGUGAGGAAUAUCUUCCCGGAUGGGCUGCGAUUGAAGGAUGACGAACCGGGUGGCCCACCGUUGUCUCACCACCGGCGCACACGCUCGCUAGAGGGUCUGUUAGAAGAGACGCCCCGUUGUCGGCCCCCUCUGCCGAGAAACGGUGGUCGCGAGGGAGCCGGCUCUGCAGACCGCGCCGCUCUCCGACGCUCACGAACGCCGGACUUUUUGUCGUCAGGCUCAGCGGCUGAGUUUGUUCAUGACUCACGCCCGCGCUCACAUACGCCCGACGUGCUGACAUCACGGCGGAAUGAGCCUGUAGCGACGAACCGCUCGGACGGACGGCGAUCUACCACACCCAGGGUGGAGCCAGCACCGUACCGGCCCGAGGACCGGCCGCCGAUGCCCCUGCCGCGCUCUGAGCUGGCUCGGUCAGCAGGUGAGCCUCCACCGUACCGAGCACCACCGCCGGCAGACUCCCCAGUAGCGCCGCCGGUGGCCGCUCACGGGACUAACGCUUACCGCGGCGGCGCUACCGUCGGGGACGGCUGGCCGUCGGAGCGGACCCGGCACAGCUCGGCGCACCACUCCAGCCUGCGGCACGCUCACUCUAUGGAGAGCCUGGCCGAGCCGGCUCCGGAGGGAUCUCGGCUGGCACGCGGCGCGCUCUACGUCAACGAGCCGAUGCGCCAGCGAUUCCAGGAGCAACAGCGCGCCGGCUGUCUCUCCAGUGACGAUGUGCGCUACGACCGUCUGGCACAGCGCUCUGAUACGUUGCAGCGCGCCAAACACGGACGCACCUACCUCGAACAGUACGACUGGGACGAUCGCGAGGAGCAGUUUCGGCCCAACAACGCGGUCCGUUCCGCCAACCUUCCCGCCGGCCACCCCGCCGCCCAGCCCGCCGCCAGCCAGCCUUUUUUAGGCGAUGGCCUCCCCCCGUCGUUCGAGAUUGACCGCGAGGAGUUGCGCCAGUGGGACCUCAUGUCCUCGGCGCCCCUGGUCGACCAGCGACGGAGAGGGAGGCCCAAAUCCGCCCCCGACCUGAGCCGGCCCGUGACUCGGCUGGAGCCGACAGCACGCCGCGCCUCGCCGGCACCGUCCGUGCCACCGGCGACCCGCCUGUCCCCCGGCCCCGACCCGUCCGUGGCCGCCGCCGACCGCGAGACGAGCAGCCAGUACCCGGCGGCCGGCGACGGCACAGAGGGAGCCGCCAGCGAGCCGGAGCAGCCUCUACCUCAGGACUCUACACCAGAAACGGCUCCGUCUGUGCGCAUUGAGCUGGUACCGCCGGGCCACCGGCCGACUCAGCACACUGGUGGUGUCUACCAGAAUGGCUACUUGCCUCAGAACGGAGUCCAUCAAAACGGCUACCUGCCCCAGAACGGAGUCCACCAGAAUGGCUACCUGCCUCAGAACGGCGUCCAUCAGAACGGCUCUGUGCCGAACGGCUACCCGCCGCACCAUCAGCACCAGCACCAGCCGCCUCCGGCUAUCCACCGAACCAAGCCGGCGCCGCCGCCGCCCGAUGUAUACGGCAGCGGUCCGCCGGCUGGUCAAACGGGCCCCUCCGUACCGGCCGGUCAGCGCGCCGGCUGGGCGCGGUCCGGCCCGCCGCCGCCGCAGGCCGCCCUGACCCUGCCGCGCCCUCCCGGCGGCAGCGGGGGGCCGCAGCGGCCACCACCGGCCGCCGCCUCUGCAGCGACUCUGCCCUCCCAGUACCGCAGCCGCAGUCAGAGCAACGACGGCGCCCGACAGCCGCCGCCGCCGCCGCCGCCAGCACCACCGGCACCACCGCCGCCGCCAGCCCAGCACCAGCAACACCAACAGCAGCAACACCAACAGCAGCCGCAACAGCAACAGCCGCAGCAGCAGCAGCCACAGCAGAACAACCCGACGCCGGCUCGCGGAGGCGCUCCGCCGCCAGAGACGGGCUUCAUCUCGGACCUGAAGGCGGGUGACCUGCUGGGCCGCAGUAACGAGGAACUGGUACUGCUGCUGAUCCAGCUCCGGAGGCAGAGCACUGCCAUCGCUGCCGCCCAGGACCGCGCCCGGCAGCAGCUCAACUCGGCGACGUCUGCGCCGCUGCCCGAGGGACCCCAGCGGGAGGCGGCCCUGCUGAACAUUGACAGACUGCGCUCGCAGAUCAGGGAACUUGACAAACAGCACGAGCUGACGCGACCGCUCAUCAGCCUGGUGGACAACAUGCUGAAGCUGUCGUCGCUGUACGAGGCGCCGCCCCCGGACGGACCAUCCGUGCAGGAGCGGCGCCGCUUCUCGCAGCGCGUCGAGGAGCGGCGCAUGCUGCGCGAAGAGCGCCGGCACUGGCACGCCAUCGCCGGACAGCCGUUUGACAUGCAGGACCGUCUGGAGCGUCGGAUCGAGCUGACUCGCCAGGAGGCCGGCCGCGCGCCUCUGCGGGACUCGGAGCGGCUCUUGAUGCAGCAGAGGGCGCUACAGCAGGAGCUGGGCCAGGUCCGGGCGGCGCUGACCUCCAGUGCCAGAAGUCUGGAGGACACGGCGGCGGAGAACAGCCGUCUGGAGCGGGAGAUGAUGAUGCUGCGGCAGCGCCUGCAGACGGUGAUGACGGAAAACAGCGGACCGGAGACGCUGCGCAGCCAGGAGGUGCGCGCCCUGGAGGCGGAGCUGCAGCGCGUGCAGAGUCUGAUUGACGACCUGGCGGUGCGCCGGGAGCAGCUCAGUCGCCAGGUGACGGCGCUCACCCAGCCGCCGGAGCCGACCGCCCGGCCCCGCCGGCACCACCAGGCCAGCUGGAUAGAGACGGACCUCGACUCGAUGGUCACAGUGGCCGGAGGACGGGCUGCCGCCUUUGACAAGGACCAGCCGCUGUUUGUCAACACGUACUACGAACAUCAGCCGCUGGUUCGUGGCCACGAGGCGCCGCCUCCGCCUGCUCCGAGCGGCCACCACACGCUGCCGGCGCGGCCCUCACGGGCGGCGGCCGAGCGGCGCCGACACGCCUCAGGACCGGCGCCACGCGAGCCCUCCCCUCCGGGCCUGGGCGCCGACGACCCAGCCGCCGGGGACAAGGUAUCACUGGAUAGCGGUCUCAACAGCUCCUCACCGACCGACAACAGCCACCAGUCUCUGGUGCAGCCGGACGGGCCGACCAGCAGUGACACCCUGCCCGGGAGCUGGCCGAGCAGUCAGCUGGAGUCGCGAGCGCCCGGUGGCGAGCCGGAGUACCGUGGUACACAGACUCAGACUGGAGAGUACCGUGGUACGCAGACGCAGACUGGAGAGUACCGCGGUACGCAGACGCAGACCGGAGAGUAUCAUGGUACGAGGGUACGGGGAUCGGAGUAUCAGACCACACAAACGCUGAUCUCAGAGAACAGGACGGUGCGCGGUCCGGAACAGCCCCGGCAGAAUGAGUACUCGGUGCACCAGGAGCGGGCUGGGUAUCACCAACACCAGCCGCCACACCAGCACCACAAGCAAAGCCAGCAGCACCAACAGCAGAACCAGCAGCAGGUCUGGCGGGAGUCCUCUGAGCACCGGGGUAAUCAGUCCCGCGGCAGCGAGUAUCAUAACUACCAGCCAACGGCGGGCGGUGCUUUAGAGCGACGCGCCGAGCAGAACCGGCCGGUGAGCCGCGGGCGUUCUGACUACCACGAGUACCGUUCCCCUGGCGUUCACGAGCCGGCCGCGGGGCAGCACCCGAAUCAGCAUCCAUCUCAGCACCCCCCGCAGCACCCAGCUCAGCACCCAGCUCAGCAGCGUGGCUGGCACCCGCCGCCGCCGGAUUCAUCCCGUGCCCGGCCCGGACAGGAGCGGCCGCCGCCGCCAGCCUGGUAUGAGACCGACGCCAACCGGCCGCCGCCGCCGCAGCCGCGUCAGCCGCCGGCCGCGCGCCCUCAGAUGGGUCACGGUGGGCCGCCGGGGUAUGGCUCACCCGAGGACCGACACAGAGGCCGCUCGCCGGGUCCCGUCACCCAGCAGCCGGGGCCGCGCUCGGCGGGCUACUCGGACAGAGGUAGAGCUGGCGCCGACCAGGAGAAAUUUCGCCACCGUGAGCAGCAGCAGCAGACGUUUCGUCAGCACGACUCGAGAGAGUUCCGCUCCAAGGAGUAUGGAAGCGGCGAGCAGCGGGACUUUCGCGGUGUCGGGGAGUCGCCCUACGGCUAUCACGGCGGAGAACGUCAGGGGUUUCGAGGACCACCGACUGAGGAGACCUUUCGUCGGCCCGUGGACGGACAACAGCCUCGUCAACCCAACAACGACCACCCGCACAACAAACUACCCCACAACCCCCAACAACAACAAUAUCACCAGCAGUAUCAACACCAUCAACAACAACAUCCCCAGCACCAGCAGCCGGGACACCCGGCGGGGUUUCCCAGAGGAGGUGAGCGCUCAGGGCACCCUCAGCCCCAGCCGGCGCCGCGGGCCGCUCCCUCCGAGCAGCAACCUGCCGCCGCGCGGAACCUGGCCGGCGUGCACCAGUCUGGCACCACCGGCUCCGCUGCACCACCUCCACCACGGCACCAGUACAUGAACGUGGCUCCGGCGGCCGGCGGAGGCCAGGCGCGAGUCGGAGGGGCGGAUGGAAGGGAGACGGCGCCGCAGGAGACCGCGCCGGGCGAACAGUCGGCGCAGGACCAGCCGAGGGAGAGAGACGAACCGCAGGAGCUGUCCGAGGCCGACGAGAGGAUGCAGAGGUUCUAUGGAAUCAUACCAAAGGAGAAGCUAGAAAUCAAGACUGUGCGUAUUGUGAAGCGUGAAUCUCAGCUCCGCCAAAAGGACAAAACCCGACGCGGCAUGGACGAAUCCGAGCUGACCUCUGUCGGGGAGGCUGAUAACCAGGAAGGCGACAGCGAGUCGCCAGAGAACAUCAUUGAGCAGGACGCUGUGCUCUCGCAGUUUCGGCGGGCGCUGUCUCUGCCCCGUGGUUACGACCGGCGGUCCAAGGCGUCUCAGGAUGCCAUCAGCCGGAUACCCAACUUUCGCCACCAGAUGCUGAAACGCAUGGUGGAUCGGUCCCCGUCUACCGACCGCCUGUCGGCGCACGAGCGGCUGUUCGGCUCCAACCCGAGCCUGCCGGCCGGCGGCGGAGGCGCAGCGACCUCCAGCGGGGACAGCGCCCAGCAGGGACCCGCCUCGCCAGUGUUCAAAUCGGACGCCGCGCGCCGUAUUGUGGAGGAGCUGCAGGGCCCCGAGCAGUACCGGCGCGCCCGACCUCGGCCGAAGAGGCGGCACUUUACCAUCAGCAGCAGUCGGCCCGUGCACCACGAGGCCGCAGCGCCCUCGCCCAAACUGCUGUCCCGCUCUGCCGACGACAUGGACAUGGAGCGGGCGCUGGGAGAGUCGGGCGGCACGCCGGACGUGGUCAAGUCGUCGCUGACGCGCACCGACCCGCGGUUCGACGCCGACACCAUCGACACGCUGCUGGGCACGCCGCAGAAGAUCCUCAUCCCCGAGAGAUACGUCCCGGAGCUGGAGGUGGAGCCCAUCUCUGUGGAGGAGCGACUGCAGCGGAGCAGGAAGGCCGCCUCCAUCCGACGGAUGCUGACACAGAGCACCGGGUUCCUAGACUCGAUCGGAACGGCCGACCACCAGGGCCCGUCACCUCGCGGCUCUGUUGUGACCGAGAAGCUGCAGCGGGCGCACAUCCUCCAGCUGAAUGAGAUCCUGGCCCGCCAGGUGACGGAGAAGAGCAAACGCGUGGCCGUGGAGGCCCUGGCCACCAUGGAGCGUCCGCGUCGUGCCAAGGAGGACGACUCUCCUCCGCCGGAGCUGCCCAUCACUCAGCAGAGGGACAACUACCUGACCUGACGCCACCCGGCCGCCGGCUGAGCGGUCACGGCGCCGGGACCUGGCCAGGGGCCGAGAGAUAGCUGCAGGCCUCCCUGGGCUGGGCGGAGAUACCCUAUAUCAGCAGCUGACACACCAAAUGUACGACUGAAAUGAGGGGCGCGUUUUAAGGACGUGUUGCACGGCCAUUUUGUGACCGGUGGUAUAUAUUUGUGGUGUGAUCAGCGCUUUAUUCCGACUAUUCGGCGCUAGUUCCUGCAUGUGGCGGUCGUUUCCCGCCAUGUUAACGGUCACAUUUGCGCGCGGCCGUCCGCUCCCGCCAUCGCUGUCCGGCGACGGGAGCGGCACGGACGCGCGCGCCGGGCCCACUCUGUCUGUCCCACAUUCCAGCGCGUCGGCCGCCGACCGCCGGCGCUGUGAUAUUGCCCGCCGGCGGCCGCCCCCGCCCCCGCCCGGCGGCGGCGCGCGCGCGAGUCUUCCCGGCACACUCCGCCGGAGAGGAUCAACCGCAGCUCAGAGACACGCUGUGGCGGGCCGCGGCUACUCUCUGACCGCCAUAGUUUUGUAUGGAGUUGUGAGAGUCUGAACGACGAACGACCAUUUUAGUGUUUUUCACUCGCUCCUUGUCAAAUUAUUUUGUGCUUGUACAAAGUGGAUUUGUGAGUGCGUGUGCGGUUGCCGUUACUGGCGGUGUGUGGCAGCCCUCUCAGCACAUUCUCAUUGUUUAUGCCAUAUAGCUAUUACCAGUACUGUUGGGAGGAAUGGAGAAAGAGAGAUGAGAUUGUUCAGCGGCCGCUGCUAGCGCCGCCUGUCGACGCCACUGAGAACUAAUACAUGUAUGUAUUGGUGA